UUGAAGCUGGAUAAAGAUGGCUGAAGUUGAUUUCGGGGAUAGUGAGCUCUUUGAGCAGCUCGAUGAUGACUCUGCUCCUCUCGUCCCGACACACAUCCGCUUCACAGAUGAUGAUAAUGAUGAAGAGGAGGGGGAGCCGGAGGAGACGAGCCGGGUCCGGAGCAGACUGGAGGAGUUUGAUGACCACAUCCAGAGACUCACGGAGGAGAAUAAAGGUUUGAGAAGAAAGUUAAACAUCCUCACACGACCAAGCGGGAUCACAAUGGAAGAUGUCAACAUUGACGGACCAGUGCUUCAAAUCCUUUAUGCAAACAACAUAAUAUCCAAACAAUGUCGUCAAGAAAUUGAAGACGGUAUCUGCAGUGUGAUUUUGAAGCAUCAGCAGCUGGGCAAUGAAACGAAAAAAACCACCUAUCAAAUUAAAGCACAGAAUUCAGCUUUUGCUUUAGACGAAGAGCCACAGAAGUCGUCCUUCAGUGGAGUAAAAACAGAAUCCUAUACAGUGGUUGGAAGCGUUUUACAUUUCACUACUUUCAGUGUUGACAAACUUGGCCAGCCUCUGGUGAAUGAAAACCCCCAAACGACGGAUGGAUGGGAGGUUCCAACCUAUCACCAGGUUUUCAACCAAGUCAUUGGUACGGAUGGAGUGGAAGUAGAAAUGAAAGAUAAAAGACCAAAAUCCAUUUGUUUCAACUGCGGUCUGAGCAGCCAUCAGAUGAGAGACUGUCCCAAGCCUAAAGACAUGGCUGCAAUAAACGAGAGAAGAAAGGAGUUCAAUCAGGGCAACAACCAGUCCAUGCAGAGUAACCAGAGAUACCACGCUGAUGAAGUAGAGGAGCGCUUUGCUAAAUACAAGGCUGGAGUCAUGAGCGAGGAGCUCUUGACUGCUCUGGGACUCGAUGGCAACACCCUCCCUCCUCUGAUCUAUCGCAUGAGGCAGCUAGGCUACCCACCAGGUUGGCUCAAAGAGGCAGAGAUGGAAAACUCCGGCCUGGCUCUUUAUGAUGGAAAUGUUUCCAAUGAUGGUAAUGCGACAGACGGUGCCAAUUCCCAAAACACCUCCUAUGAUGUUUCCAAACUGGUGGAUUUCCCGGGUUUCAAUGUACCUGCACCAAACAUAAAAGAUGAGUUCAUGCAGUACAGCUCUAUUCCAAUGCAGAGCAGCCACAUGAAGCAAAACUACGCGGCCUACCUGUCCAACAACUUCCCCAUGCCCGGUGCUAACAGCAAUAAGAGACAGCUUGAAUGUGACUCAUCUCCCCAGCUGAGGAAGAAGACGAGGUCCAGUCCUGAUCGGACGUCUGACAGAAGCUCAGACAUGGAUAUUGAAUCAGACCCAGGAACACCUUAUCAUCACGGCUCAGGGGACUUCCAGUUCCAAACUCCUCUACCCCCUGGCUCUCCUUGCUUCAGUUCACCUCCUCCUCUACCCCAUGGCACUCCUCCUGCCACGCCCACUCCUCCCCCUCUCCCUAAAGGUACACCUCCUCCCACACCCACCAAUGGCUCUCCGGCUCUGCGCGGGGGGAGCUGGACAGUGGUUGAUGAAACUGGGGAUGGAACAGAGGAUGAACUGUCACUGGAGGAGCUGGAGGAGCAGCAGAGGUUGAUAUGGGCAGCUCUAGAAAACGCAGACACCGCCACCAACAGUGACUCUGAGACACCUGCAACGGGAACUCCUGUACCCAGUUCACCGAGCGUGUCCACACCUGUGCAUGUGGACACAGAAACGGAAGAGGGCGAAGAAGCGAUGGACACAACAAAACCUGAAGAGUCUUGUCAGAACAAUGACAAUCAAAGGGAACCGGAGGAUCAGAGCCCUGGACCGAUCAAAGGCGAGGAAGACAGCCCUCAGAGUCCUGAACCAGUCAAAGUCAAACAUGACAGCCCUCAGAGUCCAGGUCCAGUCAAAGUCAAACAUGACAGCCCUCAGAGUCCAGGUCCAGUCAAAGUCAAACAUGACAGCCCUCAGAGUCCAGGUCCAGUCAAAGUCAAACAUGACAGCCCUCAGAGUCCAGGUCCAGUCAAAGUCAAGGAUGACAGCCCUCAGAGUCCAGACUCGAUGAAAAUCCAGGAAGGAUCCAUCCAACAGGAGCCUGAUCAGGGUGUCCUGCCCGGGGGUGCCGCAGAUUGUGUUUCCCCUGAGCACUUUGAGAAGAUAGGAGCUGUUCCUCAUCGGAGCAACUUCGCAGCUGGUAUUGUUCAAUUUGAAGACACGCCAGAAUUCACUGAAGUUGCAGAAGCCACAGGAACGUACCUCAAGAUCAGAGACUUGCUUAAAUGUUCCCCUCGAAAUUUGGCAAAGAAAAAGUAAAACACUUUCUUGAUUUGGAAGACCAGGAUACCAUUUUUUUAAAACACAUACUUUUAUUUUCAUGACCGUUUUGUCAAGCAUGUGUUUUAGCUCUUUAUUUUUUUUUUACCACACUGAAUUUCUGUGAUUUAUGCAUUUGAUCUGUAAUCAUACUACAAGGGAGAGACAUUGAGGGAUGUUGCAACAGCAAAUGGUUUAGUUUAGCUGGGGCCAUUUAGUUGCAUAUUUUUUUGUAACAGUAGCGUUGCUCAUGCUGUUCAUUUUAUUGUAAAAGUUGUAAAAUUGUCAAUAUCCCAUGUGCAUUCUUUUCAGAAUCAUUGUUUGUAAAUGGUUUUUCUAUUUUUGUUCCUCUUACAUUGCUCUUAAACCAUAAAGCAAAGAAGCUUGUAUUUCGCUCAGUGCACUACUUCAUUCAGCAGACAUUUUUUAAAUGCAGGUCUGAUUUCUUUCAGGUUAUAUCUUCCCAGGACAGGGUGCCUCAUAUGUGAAGUGUUUGAUUGUUUUAGUCAUUUUAAGAAGAGCUCAGUGUACAAGUCGUCGCUGUAUUGCUGUAAUCAGCUCGUGUUGAUUUUCAUGCACAUUGCUAAUGACAUACUACUACAGCAGUUUGCAUUUUUUCUAUGGCAUUAGAAUAUCUUGUUGACAUUCCUUUAGUAUGCAAUUCAUCCAACUAGUGUCAAUAAAGUCUGUUUCCUCUUCCAA